CUGUCAACUACUGCCCUUUAUUCGGAUAGUCCUAACUAUUUUACCGAAAUCUUUUCGUCACCUUUAGAGGAAGCUCGUACGAAAACCAUGAUAAUUGAUAGAGAUCCAGCGAUUUUUACGGAUAUCGUGAGUGCACCCCCAAUAAUCGAUCGUGAUCCUGAAUUGUUUUCCGAUAUUCUGCGAUAUCUUCAAGGAUACGAGAUUGGAAUCAAAGAUGAGGUUCAUAGACAAAACUUACUUAAGGAUGCUCGCUUUUAUCAUUUCAAAGGGUUAGCUGAAAAAUUAUUAGCAUCUACAGUGACUGUAAAUGGUUUUGGUAAACAUGAUUGCGCAAAAAACGAAAUAUUAUUUCGGUUAAAAGACAUUAGGACAUCUGGUGUUUUAUUGCCAGAAUGUAGCAGCAAUGGUGAUGCUAUAAACGAAGAAGGUAGUGUUAUUUCUACAGGUGCAACUAGUCACAUCAUGUAUAAAAAUAAGGAAGGAACCGUUUACGUCUUAUUGGUAGAAGUGCAUAACGCUCAUCUCAUUUGUCGUUAUGGCUCGCAGUCCCCUUGGCCUACAAUAUUGGAAUUAGUAUUGUCUGAUAAGGAGAUAAAGAAACUUAAGGACAUUGCUAAGGCAAUCAAAGCGUCAGAAGAAAUUGAGCACAUUAUCCGAUCACCAGACAUAUGCGCUUUUGAGGUUGACGAGGUAAAAUGCACUUCAAAAACCUUGUUAAAUAUCGAUGAAACAUCAGAUUUAAUAAAAAUAGAUGAUGAAGGGGGUAAACAUGUUGAUUUAUUCGUUACAAAAGGAAUAUUGAGAUUAUUCGUAAAUAAUGAGAGGAAAAUUGAAAUGGAGCUACUAAAAUGUGAGGCCUUUAGCUCAGAGAAAGGAUUUAAUGGAAAGAGAGAUUUCUUGCCUGCUGAUAAAAGAAUCGCAUUGUAA